CCCAUUGCCUGUUGGGAUUGAUGCCGGGGCAGAGACGACGUGAGAAAGAACCGAGAGACACAAAAUGUCACUGUAAAUUUGUGUUCUAGGCCGAGAAUAUCGUCAAUCUUAACUUCCGCUUUGUGUCGAAUGUAUUCGUAAAAUAAAAAUGGAGGUCAGUGUCCGAUUAGACCGUUGUCAUGGCGGUUCCCACUUUGCUGAUCAUUUUGAGCAGAAAUUUAAUCCUACAUGGAUGCAAGUUGUUCCAUCGACAUAAGAAAUGUUGAGACGGUCCCUGAUCAGAUUACUUCUGGAGACAGCCCCCACAAUGUCAUCGUAGACAGUCCGGGUCACAUUGUUGAUCUCGGAGAGGAGGAUAGUUUGGGAGGAGAACAGCUGGUGGAUGUUCCCAGCACCCUUCCGAACUCGGCCACAGAUGUCAAUUUACUUCUACUCCACUCUAACGGGGGAGGCAACCUCUCCUUAGAGUCCCCGGCAACCAAUGUCCCACAGCACCUAGAUACUCAAACCGUCCAGGCUGUAACCCUAGCUGAUGGAACAACAGCCUUCAUUCAACAUCCGAAAGGAGGGAAGUUUAUGGAGGGACAGACUAUUAGUCUGGAGGACGGGAGUACAGCAGUGGUACAGGGGGUCAGUCACGUGUUGCCAGUUAACAACAUUCAGUCAGAGAUGGACAGUGUGGUCAACCCCAACAUUGUACUGACCGAUUCCUCCCAGGUCGGAGGUCAACCAAUACAGUUAGAGGACGGGACCACUGCAUUCCUUCAUCACACCCCAAAAGAGGGAUUACAAGCUAUUCAGUUGGAGGAUGGGACUACAGCAUACAUCACCCACCCCUCAGCUGAGUCCCUCUUUGGCGACGCCCAGAUCACAAAUCUGGACAGUGGGACACUCAGUCUAGAUCAGCUAGCCGCUCAGGUUACAGUAGAUCAUAUAAAAGAACCUGGACUGGAAUCUCUACAAACAUCAGCAAGUCCCCUAGGACCCAAUGCUUCCGUUGUACAUACUGUGAUAGCAGCUGGGCUAGCACCUGACGAGAAGACAAUGGUGUUCGGUGAAAAAGCUUAUCGCUGUAGCUUUGAUGGCUGUGGCAGGCUAUACACCACACAGCACCACCUCAAGGUUCAUGAACGAUCUCACACUGGAGUCCGUCCAUUUAAAUGUGAUUAUGAGGGCUGUGGUAAAGCCUUCGCUACGGGGUACGGACUGAAAUCUCAUACACGUGUUCACACCGGGGAAAAACCAUACAAAUGUCCAGAGGAGGGAUGUGACAAGGGAUUCAAGACAUCGGGGGAUCUACAGAAACAUGUCCGCACCCAUACAGGAGAGCGUCCCUUUAAGUGUCCAUUUGAGGGUUGUGAGCGAUCUUUUACUACGUCCAACAUCAGAAAAGUUCACAUCCGAACCCACACCGGGGAACGUCCUUACAUCUGUAAUGAGGAAGGAUGUGGUCGAGCCUUUGCCAGUGCCACAAACUAUAAAAAUCACAUCAGAAUCCACACAGGAGAGAAGCCUUAUGUCUGUACGGUACACGGCUGUGGUAAGCGGUUCACGGAGUACUCCUCCCUCUAUAAACACCAUGUGGUUCAUACUCAUUCCAAACCCUACCACUGUAACCACUGCGGUAAGACAUACAGACAAACCUCCACGCUGGCCAUGCAUAAACGGACCGCUCAUGGAGAAGACACCACAGCGGAAUAUGAGGCCCAAGUUUACAAUGAGCAGAUUUUCUCAAAAAAUGGAGAGCAACCACCAGAAAAGAGGGCGAAGUUUGAGUACAGCAUAGAGGCAAAGGAGGAGGAUGGGGAAACCCUGAUCCAAAACGAGGCUGUGGUUAUCAACACGGAGACACAGAAUACACAGGAAUCUCUUUUACCAAAUGACCAAGUCCCAGCCAGUGCUAACAUUGCUACCAUCACAAUGGGGGAGCACGGACAACAACAGGUGUUUGUUAUCACUGACCCUGCUCAGCUGGAGGCUCUACAGCAAUUAGCAGCACAGCAGCAGCAACAACAGAGAGAAAGUAUGUCUGAGACAACUGAUCAGCAGCUUACAUCACUAGGGGUGGAUCAAACAGGAGCGGAAACUCCAUCAGACCAGGUCUGCACCCCGUCAGACAUAAACCAGCAAUCAACUGAAACUCUGACAAAUUUGGACCAGCCCGAGGACGUUUGUGAUCCGAAGCUGGAACCCGAGGGCAAUGUAGAGUCUGUGGUGUUGGAGGAUGGGUCAUCAUAUGAAGAGAAAGAAAUCCUACAGAGUGUGACAGAUGGUGACAUAGUCACAGACAAUGAUAUCGUCACAGAGGGCGACAUGGCGACAGACAAUGACAUAGUCACAGAUAAUGAUAUUGUUACAGAAGGCGACAUGACAGUGUCCGGAACCAUACAGGUCCUCGAGGAAACUGUGCAGACAUAAUCCACAUUAUUGUUUAUUUAUUUCUAUUUCUUUGAAUUAAAAUUGUUGCUUUUUAUGGCA